CACCACACCAUUCAUUAAACAUCAACUAAUCAGCUGUAGCUCGCCACUUCAACAGCAAGGUUGUAUUUUAAAAGCGAAGCGGGGCUUUUGUCUUCUGCCUUGUCUUGCCGUUCGAUUGGAAAAUCUGAAUUUCAAAUUGGUUUUGUUCACAUUUAUUUUAAUAGAAGUUUGUAAAAUUUAAUUAAUUCAAUUUGUCAUUCUGGUUCUUUGUACCUAAGAUCUAAAGUAUUGACUCGAGAAACGAAUGUAGUGAUAGUUUUGGAAUAAAUGCGUUGUUUUUGAAUUUUAUGAGUUAUUCUAAAAAUAGUUUCCACAAACAAUAAUUUAUAAACAAAUUGGUUGUUGUCUAUUGCGUCUCUCUUAGCGUAUCUAGAGUUCAAAAUCACUAAGAAACUGAAGGCUAAAUUGAAUAAACAGAGUGACACAACACAAUAAAAGUCAAGGCAUGUCAUGCAAACUAUGACCACCUAACACAGUUAAAGUGAUAACCUUGUAAUCAUCCAUUCCAAAAGAAAAGCUAUUAAGCUUUUCAUAAUUCAACAAAAUCUCCACUCUCCAGUGACAAAGAGUAAUUCACAAUUCUAGUCAACGAAAUUAAUAGGUCAACAAAUCUACAAAAAUGUGUUGCCAAUGUUGUAGCGUGACCCAGAGAAAAAUAUGGGUCUUUGGGGUUGGAACUCUGUUGCUUCUGCUGGGAGUUCUUAUAGCCCUUGUUUGGCCCGAUAUGUCCACAAAUUUGAUACAAUCGAGUUUAGUGCUUAAAGAAGGAACAGAUAAUUUCAACAAUUGGGUAGAAACUCCAAUUCCAAUCUACACCAAAUUCACUCUCUUCAAUUGGACAAAUCCCGAGGAAAUCAGAAAUCCAAAUGUCAAACCGAACUUUGUGGAAAUGGGGCCAUAUGUGUUUUUGGAGAAAGAUCUAAAAAUGGACUUGGAUUUCCAUGAUAACAAUACUGUUUCGUACUAUAAUCGAAAAACUUGGUAUUUUAUCCCAGAAAUGUCCAACGGAACUCUGGACGAUAUGGUGACUGUAGCUCAUGUGAUAACAGCUAGUGUAGCUGAUAUGAUGCGUAAUCGUAAUAAAUAUGUAAAGAAAAUUAUGAAUUACGUUCUAAACCACGAAGGAGGGGAAUUGUUUGUUACCCGAAAAGCAGGCGAAUGGAUUUUCGAUGGUUUCCAAGAUGAUCUAAUUGACUUCCUUAAACUCUUCAAUACAUCAUCGAUAAAUAUUCCUUACACCAAAUUUGGUUUUCUUGUGGAUCGUAAUAAUUCCAAGGAAUACGAUGGUCGUUAUAUGAUUGGAACAGGAGGCGAUGAUAUUCAUAAUGUUGGCCAAUUGACUCACUGGAAUGGAAAACCAAUGAACGGUUUUUAUCCUGGCGAAUGUGGUCGAGUGAAUGGCAGCACAGGCGAUCUGCUUCCUCCAGACUUAGAUAUCAACCAAGAUUUGACCAUAUACGCGGUUGAUACGUGUAGAUUUUUGAAUUUAGCUCCCAGUGGGAAAGUCAAUGUUUAUGGUCUGGAUGGUUACGAAUGGAUUGGUACAGCUGAUACUCUGGACAGUGGUGAGAAUGAUCCUGCUCAGAAGUGUUUCUGUAAUCCCAAAGAAGAAGUGUGUCCAAAGACUGGAGUUGUCGAUUGUCGGAAGUGUCGUAACAAUGCACCAAUCUAUGCAUCCUUCCCGCAUUUCUAUUUGGGUGAUCAGAGUUAUGUGGAUGCUGUGACUGGACUUAAUCCCAUCAAGGAAAAACAUCAAUUUAGAUUUGCAAUUGAGCCAGUGAUGGGAGUUCCUCUGGAGAUCCAUGCUCGUAUUCAGAUAAAUUUACAAAUUCAACCAGAUGAUGAAUUUGAUAUUUAUAGAGGAGUGCCGAAAGUACUUAUGCCAAUGUUCUACUUUGAACAAAUUGCUGAACUAACAGAAUCUUUAGCUGAUCGGACGAAGCUUGGAAUCAAUCUUAAAAGCUACGGCCUGUACUUUGGAUUCUUCCUCAUAGCAGUUGGAGCUAUUAUGAACAUUAUCGGUAUUGUUCUAACCUUGACAAAGAGAUGGACUAGCUCAGUUGACGACGAUGAAGAACUAUUGACUAACUAGAAUUUAUCGAUAUUGUUUCCAAUUUGCGUUGGUCAUGCAACGAUCUCACACCAAAAACCUAACGACGAAGAUGAAGAAGAUGAAGACGAAGUAGAAGGAGGAUUUGAAAUCGAACAUCACAACGACACAUCAAUUAACCUGACCUCUGAAGCAAUUGAAACAAUAUCAUGAACAACAAUAAAUAAUAUUAUAUUAUUUUCUAACGGUCUUCCUAUUUUUGUUUUGUGAAGACAUAGAUAAUAUAAAUUUGUUUUUGUUUUUAUUUUGUUUUAAAUUUGUUAAAAAGAGAACAACAAAACAAAAAAAUGUACAUUAUUCUAAUCAUUUAUCUAAUCAAGAUAUAAAACUUAUUAUUUUAAAAACAAUUCUAAACCUAGGUAUACGAGUUUUAAUAUUAUUAUUUUGUAAAAAUUUAUUCAAUAAAUUCAAAGCCAAGUGCCACUUUGUCACAAAGACAACACAACAUUAAAACAAAAGUUAGUUAAAUCUAGUUAUUAAAAUUAUUAUAACGUGAGAAUAUCCAAAGGCGAUUUAGCAAUUAAAUAAUAAUGUUUUUAGUAAUAAAUAGUUAAGUUUUGGGAAAAAUAUAAUAAAUAAAUAAUUGUCGUAUAAAAAAAGCUCAAAUCGACAUUUUAGUAAUAAUAAAUAAAAUAUAAAUCUAAUGAAAAA